UGUUGGCGGCGCAACAUGGAAACGUGGGUUACCUGCUGGAUUCAGAAACCACCCGUCGCAAACGGCACGCGAAGAAGGGUCAACAUCAGUUGAAACUGUGACGCCAUCAAGGAAUAGAGAAUCACACAAGACGGAGAAAAGCCGUGUGGGAGAUAACUUUAAGAAAGCUACCAGACCACUUGAUGAAAAGCACGUCUUGAGUGAUACUGAGGACGCCGGCAAACCUGCACUAGUAAAGGAAACGCCAGACUCGGAGACACAUCUAGAGAAGAGCAACAAGAAGUCCCAAAAUCUCAAAGAUGAAGUGACUGACAGAGGUGGAGACCACCGGAGAGGUCCUUCGCCAUUUAGAAGCACUCAUUCACAACGAAACACAAAUACUACCAACAAGUGCAAACCGAACAAACAGACAAUACGAAGAAAUUUACACUUUAAGGAAACGCAGCUCAGGAUAAAGUUACAGGGAGCAAUGACCGAGCUUGUCCGGAUUUCACAAGAGGAUAGGUCGAGUACGUCAAAGUUAUACAAUCCAAUUGUUGACGGAAUCGCCGAAGAAAUUAAGAAGACUGCGGCACGCGAAGGAGAAGGGGACAUAUUCCAGUUCCAGAGACUGAAUUCUGGAAGCUACUUCGAACGACUAAAGGUUGACACGACGGACGAGUAUGACUUCAUGUUCUGUAUCCGUAUCCACGGGGAGGACGAGGUAGUGGUGGAGUUGGAUGAGGUAGAGCCCAGUCUUGGAAUGGUGGCCGUGAAGCCAAAGAACAACAGUACUUCACUCGCAAGCUACUUAACUCCUGACGGGUAUCUGUCUCCAAAGAAACUGUUGAACCGGUUUAGAGGUCUUGUGGAACGGGCCGUCAAUUCUUUGAGAAAAGCCGAGGCCGGCAUUUUCAAAGGACUGGAUGUUGAGCUGGAGGAGGAGAAAGAUGGAUGCCCGGCGGUUACUCUAGUGGUCUCCAAGGAACAGGAAGGGACACACAUAUCCAUCGACCUUGUGCUCGCUCUGGAACUGCCAAAACCGUGGCCACGGUGUACUGAAGGAUGGGGAUACGGCGUCACAUGCACAGGUUGGCUUACAGAGCGACAAAUCCGGGCAAUGGAGAGGACUGUCCUUCAUACGGUGGCCAAGUCAGCACCUUAUGACAAAGAUCCUGGCGGCCAUAAGCUAUGGAGGCUGUCUUUUUCUCAAGUAGAAAUGGAUCUCUUCAAAAGUGACAUGCUGAAUCCGACAGAUAGCGGCAACCACGCAACCACAUGCCGCAAAGACUGCCUCCGAUGCCUGAAAUACAUCAAGCUCCAGGUAAUACCAAUAAACGUCGUUGGUACAGACAGCGGUUUCGCCUCUUACCAUCUGAAAACGGUCUUGCUUCACGCAAUCGCCAAGAGGCCGGAGGUUAAUUUUUGGGAGAAGGAGAACCUGGUCACUUGUUUGGUGUACCUGAUCGAUGAGUUGGUGUUGUGUAUCGAUAACAGGUAUCUGCCGCACUUCUUCAUACCAGGAUAUAACCUCUUCAAUCCGGCAGUAUUCAAAGGACUGGAACAUCUGGACAUUGUAAGAGAACAGUACCUCCUUGUUAGAGAGGACUUGAUCGAAAGACGUCUUCCGCAGAUAUUCAACGUUUCUCGAUCAUCAACUCAGUCUAAGUCUCGCAACCAGUCGACUCAGGGCAUGAAGCACAUUUCAAAUUGGAAGUUAACGCCCAAACCACAGGAUGGGGACAGUUAUAGCACCGCUUGUAUAGUUACCUGUAUUUGUAUAGUCAUCAUAUUUCUAAUAGGAAAGACUAUGUACUUGAGCAAGCUGAACAGGUUUUGGUAGAACUUGUACAACUGUACCUCCGUUUUGACGAUUAUGAAAACAAGUGACGAUUUAGCAUGCUACUCUUGCCACACCAAAAUAAUCCGCCAGGAGGCAUCACAGAGACACGCGACCGAUCAGACUUAUGAAAUUUUGGUGCAUUCUCUUGUUGCAUUAAAACGGCAUCUGGGGUACUUAUGAACUGAUAUCCAUCGAUUACUGUCUGUAGUUAGGCCUUGGUCAUUUGAAAAUAUACUAACAAAUGAAUUGAU